CCCGGGCCCGGCGCCGCCAGAGAGGGGAGCGUCCGCCCGCCGCCAUGGAGUGAGUGUCCGGCCCGGCCCCGCCCGGCCCCGAGCUGACACCAUGAACCAGCUGGUCCUUUGCACGCUGCUGCUGCUGCUGCUGUUGCUCCCUGGGCAGCCGGCACGGGCAUGUCCCACAGGCUGCCAGUGCCAGGACCCCACGACCAUCCUGUGUGCGGCCAGGCGGGGCCACACUGUGCCACGAGGGCUGCCCCCCAGCACCCUCUCCCUCUAUGUCUUUGAGAAUGGUAUCACGAUGCUCAGCGAGGACAGCUUUGCAGGGCUGCCUGCCCUGCAGCUCUUGGACCUCUCACAAAACAAGAUCACUAGCAUCCAGAAAAACAUCUUCCAGCCCCUAACAGAGCUCGUCAACUUGGACCUGUCCUCCAACCAGCUGCAGGAGAUCACCAACGAGACCUUCCACGGGCUGCGGCUGCUGGAGCGGCUCUACCUGCAGAAGAACAGGAUCCAGCACAUCCACGCCACCGCGUUUGACACGCUGGAGAAUCUCCUGGAGCUGAAGCUGCAGAACAACCAGCUCCGGGCCGUGCCUCCGCUUGACCUGCCCAACCUCCUCCUGCUGGACAUCAGCUGGAACAAGAUCCCCACCAUCGCGCCUGGCACCCUCCGCGCCAUAAACAUCGAGUCCCUGAAGAUCGCAGGGCUGGGUCUGACGAGCUUGGACGAGGAGCUCUUCCAGCCCCAGAACAACGUGCACGAGCUGGACGUCUCUGACAACCUGCUGGAGCGCGUGCCGGUGGUACUGCGGCGCCUGGGCAGCCUCACCAAGCUCAGCCUGGCCGGCAACGCGCACAUCUCCCAGCUGCCACCUGAGGACUUCCGUGGUCUCCACAACCUGCAGGAGCUGGACAUCAGCAACCUCAACAUCAACACCAUCCCUCGGGACUUCUCCAGGUUCUUCCCGAGGCUCCGUGCCAUGACAGCUUCCGGAAACCCCUUCAACUGCAUCUGCCAGAUGAGCUGGCUCGUGCAGUGGGUGAACGCCAGCGGUGUGCUCCUCCGGCGGCCCGAGGAGACACGCUGCCACUUCCCCCCAAAAAACUCAGGGAAGCUCCUCCACCACCUGCAGUACGCCGACUUUGGCUGCCCCACCACCACCACCACCACUGCUGCCACCACCUCCCCUCCACGCACCACUGCGCCACGACCCCCUGUGCCCAUUCCCACUGGCAGCCGCCCGCCGCCGGAGCCCAGCACCACCACCGCCACCCUGCAGCCCCGCGCCGUCCCCUUCAGCUCCACUCCGGUGCCCUUCAGCCUCACCCCAGCUGCCAGCAGCCCCCUGCCGCAGCUGUGCCCCCCACGCACGUGUUUGAAUGGUGGCACCUGCCAGCUGGGUGCCCACGGUCACCUGUGGUGCCUGUGCCCACCAGGCUUUGCUGGGGCAUUCUGUGAGGAGGAAGAAGAAGAGGAGGAAGAAGAGGAGGCGGCGGCGAGAGGCACAACGCUGUCUCCAGCCACACCAGCAGCACCUCCGAGCCGGAAGAUAAGCAUCACACAGGUGAGCAGCACCUCACUGCGGGUGGACCUGCAGAACUACUUCCAGUCCAGAGCCCAGCUGAAGGGCAUCCGGCUGAGCUACCGCAACCUCUCUGGGCCGGAGAAGCGCCCUGUGAUGCUCCGCUUGCCGGCUUCUCUCUCGGAGUACACAGUGCGGGCACUGAAACCCAACUGCACCUACCGCGUGUGUGUGGGGCCGCUGGGGGAAAAGGGCUCCAGGGAGGAGUUCUGCGUGGAGGCGCACACCUUGCCGGCGAGCCACCAGCAGCACUCACCUGUCACCCAGAGCAAGGACAACAACCUGGCCCUGAUGAUCGUCCCCGCGCUGGCCGCCGUGCUGCUGCUGGUGGUGGUGGUGACCGCAGUCACUUACUAUCGCCGGCACCGCCGGGCCAAGGAGCACGCAGGGGGCGGGGUGGAGGCCGGCCCGCUGGAGCUGGAGGGUGUGAAGGCGUGCCUAGAGAAUGGCGAGAGGGGCGGGCACGGCUGCCGGGGGCCUGAGAAUGCGGUGCUGGCGGGUGGCCCCGAAUGCGAGGUGCCGCUGAUGCAGGCGCACUACCCCAGCAACAACAAUGGUGCGGCGCUGAAGCCCUCCUACUUCUGAGCCGGGAGCGCGGCGUGGCACCUCCAGGCCGAGGAACGGCGGGGAGUUAAAUGAGCCGAGGCAGAGCCCAAACCCAUAACGUGCAAUUCUGAGGGGCUUACACACGUGGGGAGCAGUCACCGAUUGCACCGCUCGGCCUAAGCGCCUUGAUUCCCGUGACCCGACGCAGAACGCAGGCAGCGAAGGUUUUGGUUUUUAACUCGGGUUUGGGUCGGCCUUCUUGUUUUAGCGAGUGCUAGGAAGGAAGACAGAAGGAGGACGGCGGUGACUCGGCUGAGGGGCGGCGAUGUGCUGGCAACAGGGGCCCCUCAGCGGAGCGUGGCCGUGGUCCCCACUCCCUGGAGCUGAUGUGAGCGGCGCGGCCCGGCUGAGGAGCUGUGCACCUCAGCACUGCCGGGCUGAAGGACGCGCCGCGCAGGCGCACGGGGAACCAGAGCUUUACAAACUCAGAGAGAAUAUUUAUACGCGGUUAUUUCCCAUUUCUUCUGGGAAAACUUUUUCUAGUACAGGUUUUGUAAGGCAGACCAGAAGGAUGUCAUUUUGUAAAAAAAAUAAUAAAAGAAUAACAACAACAACAAGAAAUCCUGCCCAGAGUUGGCAAGGCGGGGGCUGCAGGACCCCCCAAAGACUGUGCAGCAUGGUUUGCCCCAGGGCCGUGCCCGUGUCCCCGUGUCCCCUUGUCCCCUCCUUGCUGUCAGCAGAUGACUCAGAGCACAGAGGGUGGUUUCCCCCAUUCUGAGGAGGAUCCCCCACGAAUCCACCCCCCACUGCGAGUGCUAAGGAGGUGUCACCAAAACAGAGGCGGCGAGCUCCGAACGCGCCCCGGCCCUGCACAUCAUCCCGCCUGACUUCAUCGCGUGCGCUGCCAGAUGGCUGCGGGGCGGCGGACACACAGCCCGGCCCACCCCGAUAACCUCCUGACGUCACCCUCCUCCUCACUGCAGGGCUGAGGGGCUGCGGGGGGCUCUGCUGGCGCUGAGCCUCCAGCCCUGAUAUGCCUGGGACGAGCGUGGCCAAGUGCAGCCUGCAGCAUGGUUGCAGCCUGCAGCGUGGCCACAGCCCCCUGCCCAGAGGCUGCGACCAUGGCCAGGGCUGGGGUAGCCACGUUGGCCCCCACUCCCGUGUGUGCGCCCCUGGCCACGCUCGUGUGCUGGCUACGGCGGGGGCUUGGGGCCGGCACUCGGUUCCUGCUGCCAAGUGCUUUCUGUUCCAACCUCUGGUUUUAAUCGUUUUCCAAUCCUUUAUCUUUCGGGCUGGAAUUUUCCAGGUUGGGUCCCUGCCCACAGAGGUAUGUUUUAUUUGGAGAAAGUGAGCAAAGCAGGCUGAAAUGCUGCCACGGCCGGCUGCCGAGAGGGCUGCGGAGCUGGGAACCCCUCCUCAGGUGAGCGCCCUGUAGCCCCCGCCUCGCUGGGCCCCCUGGGUGCACCCAUAGGGCACGGCCCCGACCCGGCCUCGUGUGCUCUGGAUGCAAUUAGGGGCGCGGGGCGGCUGCGGGGCUGUCUGCACCCCCCCGGCUCCCAGGUGGGUUUCCGGCAGGGCUGGCUCCCAUUAGGGCCGGCACAGCGGCGGCGGGGGCCCCUCUCCGGCGCGGGCGGGCAGGCGUGAGGGCCACGCUCGCCCGCUCAAAGGGCCCAUUGUGGUUCUCUCCCCACAGAUUUUUCAAAUUAACAUCCCAAAUUCCUCUGAAAAUUGCUGCUGUGUAAAUAUUUUCACUGCAAGCUUUGUAUAUUUUCCAGCCUUGCAAGGAGAGCAGAAAACUCCCUGGCGGAGCUCAAGCCCCGUGCCGGCGAGUGGUGGGUGCUCCCUGUGUCACCACUGUGGCCCCAGCCAGGACUGGCUAUGGAGCCCCUUCCCUCUGUGCCCCUUUCUUUUCCCUUCCCAUUAUUCCUACGGGCUCCAGGACCCUGCUGGUUUGGCAGCUUUCAGCAGCUCUUAAGCACUGUGCUGGCACAGCGGUGCCACUUGGUCCCCAUCCACCCGUGCCACAGCGUCAUCGUGGUGGCAUACAAGGAUACUGCUGGCACAUGGCACAGCUUUCAUCUUGCACUUUGGGGUUUCAUUCCACAACCCUUCUGCUGCCACCUCCCUGCUUCCUCAGCACAUAGCUGCUGUACCAGGGUCCCCUGGGCACCAUGCUGGGCACUGUGGCUGAGCACAGCCCUGGCAUGUGGGAACACAGCAGCGGCAGCAAAGCAUGCUGCACUGUGGCACUUGGAUCCCGAUACUUGGCACACACUCCUGAACCCACAUGACUGCAGGAGGUCAACUGCACCCAAAAAGUGCUGUUGCAGCCCCAAAAUUGCCCUCACAACCCCAAAUAUGCAGCCUCAAAACCCCCGCAGUUCCCUACACUAAGUGCAGAGUCCCCCCGCCUUCUGCCAGCUCCACUGCAGCUCAGAGCAGAUGAGCACGGCACAUUGUGCGGCGCUGCUAAUUCCUCCGAGCUGAAUCAGCGCAGGGAAUGGAUUGCAAAACCCCCUGACAUGAAACCAAAAAAAAUCCCUUUUGCUGUUCAAGCCCACAGAGUGGUCAUCGAGUGCCCUGGGGACAAAGCACUAAGGCUGGGGCUCAGCAGGCAGUGGGACACAUCAUGGUGCCCCCAACACCUGGCAGCCCAUGCUGGGUAGCCAUGGCUGCAGAAGUGCCCUGGCAGGGCACACGGCUUAACAGGGCCACAGCAGGGGUGCCAGGGUCCCCAACCCCCUGCCCCGGGGUGAGGGAUGUCCACAGGGAGCUGGAGGAGGGUGGCAUGUGUGUCAGUGUCCUGCAGCCCCCGCGUAUUGUGGUGAAGCCUUGGCUGCCAGGAGGAGCUUGUGGAAAGGCAGAAAUAUUGCCGGCUUCCUGGAAAGCUGACGAGGCCAGGGCUGGGGAGCGGCGGUCGCCCGCAGAGGCGGCUGUGGGCCAGCACGAGGCUGGGAUGGGGCUGUGGCCCAUCUGGGAGCGAUUUCGGCAGUGACGGAGCUCACCACACUCCCGCCAGAGCAAGGCACAGGGCUAUUUUUACACGGCGUGAUGAGCGCAGCCGGCUGCGGGGCCACACGGCGUUAACCCCUCCAAGCAGCAGUGGGGACACCUCCAUCACUCCCUGUGCCAGGCGCGGGCACCAGGAGCUGGCAGAAGAGAGAAAAGCCUGGGGGUGAGGGUGGGGGUUAGCAGGUAUGCUCCUGUUUUGGAGGUGGGUAUGGGGACAGAGAUUCAUCCUGCUCAGGGCUCCGCCACUGAGGCAUUGCUGAUGGGGUGGGUGUUGUUGGAAAACCCCAAAAUGCCCCGGAAUCAUAGGAAAUGGCUGCUAGGUGCUGGGAAAAGCCAGCACAUACGGCUCAAUGGCCACGUCAGGACAGGGGGAGGUCCUGCUGGAGCUACUGCAUGGGGAUUUGGAACGGAAAUAACCCAACGGGGGAUGUGUGCACCCCUAGGUUAAGUCCCAUUGCAGCAGGGAGCCUUGAGAAGCUGAGGGUGUGGGGAUCACAUCCAAAUGUGCAUUAACAGUCCCAUCACAGCCAAUGAGUGGGGAAGUGACAGUGUGACACUGGAGGCGUGUGCCUUGGCAUGCAUAAAAGCUGGAGCCCUGCAGCUCGGAGAUGCCGAGUGAGCAAAUCCUCAGUCUGAGCUCUGGAAGGGUGAUGGGCAGUGAACUGAGCCUGUCCGGGUCAGCAUCCCUGGGGGGAACCACCCUGCACAUCUUGCAGCCAAACAAAGCUUGAGCUCUCUAAAACUGCCUUCCUUCCCUGCAUGUGCCGCCCAGCCCUGAGGACUUCACUCCACGCAGGGCCCCGUUGCUUGGCCCUCCCAAAAACUGUCCCUGACCCAGUGCUUUCAUGGCACCUGUGUAGCACAAUGGGAACGUGGUGGCACUGAGGGGUGUGAGGAUAGGCACCGUACAGGGAUGCCAAGCAGAUGGGGCUCCUGGCAGAUGCUCCUGUCUUUAGAACCCAGCUUCCAGCAUUUUUGGGUUUUUGGGGACACUGUGCAGACCUGGUGGUGCAGCACAACAAGGCACCACUGUUCUCAUUGCCGCCGCUGUGUGGAGAUGGCACCAGGCUGUGGGCUGCUGCAUCGGGUCUGGCCACUGACCCCGCAGCUGAGCCCGUAACCCAACCCCACCGGUGCUGGUUACAAUUUAGGGCAACAAUAACCUAUUGAGGCCUAUUCCUGCUGCUCCUUGAUCUAAUUAAAGAGGGCCAGAGGGAAGACAAAACCCGAUUCAAAGGGAGCAACAGGCGGCAUGCUGGGGAUGGCGACAUGGAGUGGGGCUGGGGCCACCCACGCCUCCUGCCACAGGGUUUGGGCUGUGCCAGGUGUUGCUGCCCCAUGCUUUCACAGCAAGGUUUCUGCACUUGCACAGCUCUCACCCACACAGGUGAGAUGGGCACCCCCAAAACACACUUAAAGAUGUAGAAGAAAAACUGGGGUGCCCCUUCCCCAGUGAUGUUGGGCAAGAACACAACUACCCAUAGGGCUCAGUGGGGGCAUGGCAGUGCGUCGGGGCUGGGCCUGCUGCAGCUGUUCUCUAUCUGCUUUGGGGUGCUACUGGGUACGUGAGGCCACACAGGCGAGGGGCCCAAGGCAUGCUGCAUGCUCCCCUUCCUGCCAUCCGGCGUCAGUAAUGAAUGGUAUGAGCUUCCUGCCCGCCCACUGAUUGCUUCCUCAAUGAGCUGCUGUGCGCCGCGCAGCCUGCAUGCUCAACACCGGGCAGUGCUGCUCAAUAGCUGUGUGUGCCCAUGAUGGAGAGCCAGGGCCCGGUGUGCCCGUGUACAAACUCCAUCAUGGACAGUGGUAGGAUGGAGACGGCACAGCAGGGAAAAGAUGGUAGCAACGAGCUGGGGGGCUGGCACCUCUCAGAUGGUGCCUGAGAGCAGCUCCUCCACACCCGGCCCCGAGGUGGCCGCAUCCCCAGCUGCGGUGGGGAUGGGCUGUGUGUCUGUACUACAAACACCUCCCUCUGCUCACUGCUCCCCAGAGCCAGGCCCCGUGUGCUCCCGGCCCCUCUUUGCCGCCGCCUUAUCAGCACCGACUGCCAUGCAGCUGCAGCCUCACGAAGCCACGGGCUGACACACCAUGCGCUGCCUGCCAGCCACAUUCCUGGCGGCCGAUAAAGCCGGCAGCCAAAAUAACUGCAGCCUGCGCAAACAGGACUGAGUGCGGCCCCAUGUCUGGAUCCAAUUUAGAUGGGCUGGCUCACCCCAGCUGAGUCUCUGUGUGCACAGGGGCCGAGCAAUGGUGGGCUUUGGGGUGAUUCCUGCAGGCACUGCACAGCUGUGGGGUUGUGCAUAAAGGACUCUGAAGCAUCACACCCAUUAGCUGCGUGCCACGUGCGUGGAUCCCCUGGAGGAGGUUCACUCUGGGCGCUAAUGGCACACAGGGAGGUGGCUGCAGCCACAGCCCGGGAGCACCCUGCUAGCACUGGGGAGGGAGUGUUUUCCCCUGCAGCAGUCUCACUCUUUUGGAGGCACAGCCAGCUGAGGCUGCCUCUGCCUAUUGUCCCAGUGUAACCAGCAAGCCCCGAGCCCUUGAAGCUUGCAGAAGAUGAGCGAUUCUUUGAAGCCUCCUGCUCUGCCACCUCUGGCUUCUCCCUGGCCACCAUGCUAGGCUGACCUUCCCAGCAGGGACAUGCCAGCACUUUCACACCACAGCAGCGAGCAUUCCUCUCCCCUCCUGCAAGUCCCAAUUGCUGUCUAGGGGCUGAUUGACAUCUCAUGUGGGGACACAGUAGGGCAGCCAAGUGCUGCUUCUGCUGUCACAGCUCACUCAGCUCCUUGCCAGAGGCCAUGUACCAGCACCCAGCUGCUCCAAUCACCUAGCCUGCUCCAUCACUCUGGUCUGUGAUGGAGCCAGCUCUCUGUGCUGUGAAGGUCCCAGUGUCCCUGCUGCUUUGCCAGCGGCUCUGGGGAGAGCCAGAGGCUUCCAGCACAGCACAGCAAGGGCCUUGCCCCAAGCCUCCAUCACUCUGGCGGGAUGAAGACACUACCUUCUCCUCCACCUGCCCCUUUGAGUAGCUCCCAUCUUCCUAUGUGCACCAUAGCCAGCUUGCAGGGGUACAUGGGAGCAAUGAGGCCAGCCCGAACUGGGGCAUUUGUCACCCUGACAGCCCGGGUGGUGCCACAAAGACAGAAGACAUCAUCAUCACACCUUGAAAAGAAGCGCUGACCCCUUACAGCCCUGAGAGCCAUUGUACCACUUCCCAAAGGGAUGCCCUGAAGGCAGCCCUUGUCACUGGGCAGCCCCUGAGCUGCUGCACAAAGUGUCUAGCCCAUCACAAGCAAAGGGCGGGGGCCAAGCUGUGCCAAAGGAGUUCACCCGCAUGCAGUACUGUGUCAGAGUCCUGGCUGUUCUCAAGCAACAUAUGCCACCCACAGCACACGCAGUCACUGCCAGCACUGCUGUUGCCUGUCACAGUGCUGCUGAGGACACAGACGUACUGUCCCUGACACUGCCAUCUCUCACCCAUCCCAAGUGAUUGGUGCCAGGGACAUGGCCGUUCCAUCCCCAGCCUGGCCCCUGGUUUUCUGGUUAAAUGCUGCUGAUGCCAGGGGCCACUCACCAGCUCCUGUUGUGCUCACUGCAGGUCCCCAAGCACUGGAGCACAUCCCCGCUCAGCACUGCUGUGCUGCUCCGCGUCCCCCCUCUGUCACCCCAUGUUAA